GGUUAUGCGCAGUAUAUUUUUCAGACUAAGGCGCAGUUUCUGUUUCGGAAGUGGGGAGUGCAUGCUCUUAAAACAAUUUUGUGUCAGUGUGUUUGACCCAGUAACCACCGGAAACCACAGCGGAAUAUAAUGUCAUUGUCACACUCAGUGAUGACGUUACACGCGCGGUCCUAUAGAAAGGUGUGAGAACUAUCAACGCGUCUCACAUGCGUAUAAAUACUCGAGGGUACAUUGAGUCGGUGUUCUUUACAGAUGUUUAGCCAGUACGUGCCGCCCUGACCAGAAGUAAUCACACAAAGUUGGAGUCAGUUGAGCAAUAUUUAUUCAAGAGUCGCCGAAGAGAAGACGUGGUUGCCAAACAGAAAUGACAAAUCACCCGGGUGCGCAGUCUCAUGAUAACCAAGCAGUUAUAAUCGAGUUGCCAAAUGGCUCAACGGAAAAGAUUGCGGUUCGCGAUAAACUCGACUUGACAGUGCGUGAUCUUAAAGUCACUUGCGAGCUGCAGUUUGGAAUCCCUUGUAAUCUGCAACAACUCUGCGCAUUAGAAAGUCCAGGCCAGGAGCUGAGCGACUGGUCGCCACUCAAAGAAACUAUCCAAACGAUCGGAGAUGUUGUCAUUGUUGUUCAAGUACCCGUGUGGUGGAACAAGUUUAUUUGCGUUUCCUUGAACAAUGAAAUCGAGAACGUUUGCAUAAGAGCUAAGCUUCCUAUGCAACAGAUCAGCAAAGAGGAAAGAUUAUUCGUCGCCUUUUUCAUCGCCUGCUGUCGAGGCCACGAAAAAUUGCUUGAGAGACUCCAAACUCUAGACAUUGAGUUCGACCACCACGGAGCAACCGAGGCGGGCAGAAAUCUUUUCCACGCUGCAGCGGCAAGUGGGAAUGUAAACUGCGUGGAGUUCGUAGCCAAACAUUUGAUCAAGCCAGCGAAGGAGAUCUUAACAAUGCUUGACACAAAUAGAGAGACUCCGAUUGAUAUUGCACGCAGAUUAAAUCACCACGAUGCGGAAAGAUUGCUUUAUAAAUACAUGUACAAUGAGAAGGGUGCGCGACAUGAGCGCAAUUCCACCGAAUCUGGAAUCGAUUUGAGCGAAGAGUGUAGGUCAGAGGAGUCAGAUGACUCCUCAGAAGAGAAACAAGCUCAAGAAGAAAACAUUUCCGCCCUCGAAGCACCGCACACUAGCAAAAGUGCGAGCUCCGGGGAGACCAAAAUUGUUGCUCUCGAGAACGAGGAAUUAGUGAUCACAGAGUGUGACGAGGGCUUGAGUUUUUCUGGAGAGUCGAGAUCUCAGAAGGAACCACCCCCGAAUCCAGUCAAAUCUCAAACUGGUGCGGGGAACUACAGCCCUCAGCAGGUGCAGAGAACAAGUCCAUGCUCCUCGGAAAGCUCGGACGAAUCGUGCAGGAUUUCCCCGAGGCUAAACAGACCGCAAACUCUCAACGUACAGUCCAAUCAACACUUGCUUCAACGGAGAUUUAAGGAAGUUGAUCCGCGCAGGCCGAAGAGCGCGCGAACGGUUCGGUACCCGAAGAUCCACCUUGACGAGGAAGAAGUUGACGAAAACGACAAUCACCUUCCUCCUUUAGAAGUUCAAACGCGCCUAAACCAUGCUCCAGGAAACACGCUUAGUUUAGCCGCGUCACCUUUGCAGCAGAGGAGGCUCAAACAAGCUGUUGUCCGGACUAACAACAAUCCGAACACUCCCCCGUCGAAGCAACUAUUGAGUACCUCGAACGAAACACCUGGCCCCGAGGAAAUGAUCACGAAAAGCGCGCCUGGGUCUCCACAGAGUCCUCGACGAUCGUUCAAGCCCUCGAUGAAGGCUUUUAAUGCCGGCAGCAUCUCGCCGGUUUCACCUCAAAUGGCGCGAGUGCUGGCAAAUAGACGUGGGUCUGAGCCACUCGCGGCUCUAGGCGGGACAAACGGCAUACGAUUCCCUCGGAGUAGAAGAGAAGCUAUCAUCACAGGUGAUCCACAUGGUGAGAGUAAAGCGCAGGUUAACUCUCCCAUAAUGUUCAGAAGAAGCAAGGCAAGAUCGAUUUGCGAGGUAAGCCUAGCAGAUUCCCUCCGAGAACAUCGUUGUUUCAAAGAUAUGGACGAGGAAGAACGACUUGACCGGCCCUGGAAUGCGUGGAUUGCAGUUAGAAAAGAAUCACUGCAGCCUAUGAACCAAGAAUCUGCGCCGGACCCGAACAAUCCGCGGAGAAUGUCAUUUCAACAAUGGAUAUCCGAAAAAGAGCUUAAUCACUUGAGGAACCUCUUCGCAAACGCGCAGGAGGAAGCGAAGACGAACGAAAAACAAGCUAAGCUACUCAAGGGGAAAUCGUUCGAGGAGUGGAUGGAGGAUAAGCAGAGAGAACUCGAAAGGGAGAAAGAAAGGGAAAAAGAUAUAGAAAGCCAACAAAAACUCGAGCAAGACAAGAAAUACCACCGAAGGAGGAUGUCUCAGGCCGAGUACAGCAAAUGGCUGAUGCAGAAAGAGAGGGACGCCUUGCUAAUGGAAGAGAAGAAGGAACAGCUGGCGAAACAGCAACACGAACUUAUGAAAAAGAAGUGGGAGGAACAAGAUGAGCUGAAGAAAAACUGUAAACAGACGGUGGGCCGAACGCAGAGCUUGCCUGUGGAAGAACGAGCAGUGCCGCGCCCAGGAUUAAAUAAACAUAGAUUUAAAACUGUAAAGUAAGUUUUGCUGUUGGUGUAGGUAGGUGCAUGCCUUUUAGUAAGUAGUGUAAAACAGUGGUUUUCUGAUGCUUUUCUGUAUUUCCAACAGUUCGUGCUUCUGCAGCCUAGUUCUCUGACUGGUCCAAAACUCUCGUGCAGUGUUCUUUUACCAAUCAGAGCAGAGAAGUAAUAGUAUUUGCCAAUUAGAUUCAGUUAGAGCACAACUUAACCACGUGCACGUGAUUUUUCCCGCGCUUGCAACUGCGGGUGUCAUGUGUGUCUCCUUGGCGUUUUGAUUGGUUUAGCUUUGCGAUUUUAAGGCUUCGUCUUCGUUUCAAAUAAUGCUAGUACGUUUAGGUGAUGUCGCAGGCAUCGCGAAUGUGAAAAUCUAUACUAAAAGUAAAUUGAAA